AUGGAGAGCUUGCGAGGUGAGCUAACAGCUCUGUACAGAAAACAAUUCAUUAAACUCGACGCAGCUGAAUGCGCAGGCAAAGAUACCACUAAAAUGCGCAUUCAGCUGCUGGAAGCCUAUGUGAAGGAUCUAAAUGAGCAGAACGAAAUGCUGGUUCAGAUGGUAGAGGAGGCAACACAGACGAAGGAUGAACUCUGCGAGAGAGACAAGCAAAAAACUCAACAGCUCUGCAGGACAAAAGAUACCAUCUGUCAGAUCCAAGAAGAGCUAGACUGUCAGAGGGAAUCGAACGCUACCCUUUCGUGUAAAAUAUCUUCGCUGAAGACAGAGAACUGCAGUUUAACAAGGAAACUUGAUGAUGCUCAGAAUGAGAUCUCAAUUCUAAACCAGACGAUCUGCGAGCAAGAAUGCAUGAUCAAGAAAACACACAAAAAACUAUGUGACUUAGAAGAACAGGUCAACAUGGCCAAUGAUGAGAUUGAUCAAUUAGAAGAGAAAUUACGGGCGGCUAAAGCAGAGAUAGAAGUACUGAACAAACGUACCAACAAUUACGAGUGUACCAUCCAGGAUCUGAGGGAGGAUCUCUGCAAGGCCAAAGAUUGUGCAGAAUGUUUAGAUAAUGAGAACAGUAAACUUCAAAAUGAAAUAGACUGUCUAAGGAAAGAACUGGAACUUAAAGCACACGAGCAGUACAAAAUGGAAGCCCGAAUCGCAGAUAUGUGUAAAGAAAUCAGCUGUCAGAGUGAGAAACUCAGCAACAGUCAGGAACGACUGGAAGACCUGACCCGGAAAAACUGCACUCUGAGCGAUAGGCUGCAAUCUUCCAAUACAAAGCUUGAUCAGCUUGAUUCCGCUCAUGGGAAUUUGAUUGAAGAUUUUGAAGCCUAUCAAGAGACACACACCUAUUGCAAUGAUGAU